CUCAACAUUCCACUACUUCAGGGUUCUUAUUCCCAGAUUUGCUCCGAAAAAUAACUCCGAGCACUCGCGAGGGCCUCGAUCCAGAGCUUCCGUUAUUUAUCAGCAGAGUGUACUAUAGACCUGACAGCUACAUGCUCUAUAAAUUCACGAUGAAGCUAUCCAGAGGCAAAUCAGUUUUUUCAUUCAAUCAUUCAGCAGUCCAAAUACCACUCAGACCGACAAUAUGACAACCGUCGACCCCAUCACCAAAACCACCUUUGCUACCAUGGAUUGGGAGGACUAUCAUCAAGGUCGUCCCCAGUACCCACAAUCUCUAACUUCACUUAUCUAUGACUAUCGACGCCUUCAUCCCGGCGGCUGGGAGCGCCUGGUUGACAUCGGUGCCGGCUCGGGCAUAGCCACCACGAACUUCAUGACCGACUUCCAAAUCAUCCAUGUCUCCGAUCCCAGUCCAGGCAACCAGUCCCAGGCGAAAAUAUUUCUCCCUAAUUGGGCGGAGCAACAUGGCCUGCAUCCUACUUUCGAGUACAGCCAGGCUGUGGGUGAAGAAGCGUACCAUCAGGUCGGUGAACGCCAGGCUGACAUGGCGAUCUGUGCGACUGCAGCACAUUUUAUGGACCCAUAUAAACUGGUCAUCUCUAUUGGAAAGAUGCUUCGACCGGGCGGAACAAUGGCAAUCUUUAGCUAUUGGCUUCCUACGUUCCCCAAACAGUCUUCACACUUUCAUGAUGUGUUUGCGUCGAUCUUUGCAAAGGUGCUCCUGCAGCCGCUACAGCAGGAUGCUGAAUCAAACCAGGCAGCAAUGUUGUACGGUCUGAUGCAGCGUCUGGGAUCUGGUGAAGGGCAGGUAGACUCAGUUCCAGCGCCAGAGGAAUUGUUCGAGGAUCCUGUCCGGGUGUACAUCAACCCCACCGAUGAUGGCAAGAUGCCCUACUACGCGCAGUUUGUGAAGUACUUUCCCGCUGGUCUGCAGCCCGAGAAGUACAGUGCGGUCGCAGGCAGGGACAAGCAAGUCAGAUAUUAUACCGGCAGCGAUGAUGAGGCAGAAGGGUGGGAGUUCGACGCCGACAAGCAGUGGCUUCUUAAGUUCUUGAACACAUGCUUGCCACCACAACACACGCUCGCUCCCGACACUGCGCAUGUCUUGCUGGCUGACUGGGACCGUGUGUUUGAGAAGGAAUGUCCGAGUGGGCAACUACGGGUCCGGUGGGCGGCAAAUCUGCUGCUGGGAACGCGGAAAGGAGGAGAAGACUCCAACUGAGGAAUAUGUUUAAUGGUCUGGACAGUGGAGGAUAUUUUGGUUUUCCUCGGGCUAUUGAUGUCACUAUAAGCAUGAGCCUUCAGCGACCAUGCCUUAGUAAACCCUCUAUUCCAUAUUGUUGAGAUAGUGGUAUACUUCCACAAGACUUACUCUGGCUAGCCUUUCCCCAAAUCUAUUCAUCCUUCAACUUGUCAUGCGUCAGCGACUGAAGAGCCUCAGUUUCAGAAUAUAGAUUGUAAUUAAAUGUGAUAUUGCUCCCCGGCAACACUAAAUAGUCUCUGAAAUGGCUUGUUUAAGUAUGAC